AACUCACUCGGUUGUCUUUCCUGCUCGCCAUUCCCAACUCUUGCAGCUAUCAAGCAAAACCCUAAUUAAUAGAUUUACGAGGAAAUGGCGACCGUACCAGGACAACUGAUAUGGGAGGCAGUGAAAAAGAACAAUUGCUUCUUGGUGAAGCAGUUUGGUAGAGGAUCUGCAAGCGUUCAAUUUAGUAAAGAACCUAACAAUCUCUACAAUCUCAAUUCCUACAAACACUCUGGAUUGUCAAAUAAGAAAACAGUGAGUAUUCAGGCAGGAAAAGACCAAUCUGUGAUUCUUGCAACAACUAAGACCAAGAAACAGAACAGACCUUCUGCUUUGCUUCAUAAGUCUGUUAUGAAGAAGGAGUUUCGCCGCAUGGCUAAGGCUGUCCAGAACCAGGUUGGCGAUAACUAUUACAGGCCUGAUUUAAAGAAAGCAGCUCUUGCUAGGUUGAGUGUUGUUCAUAGGAGCCUGAAGGUGGCCAAAUCCGGUGUCAAGAAGAGGAACAGACAAGCUCAGAAGUGAGUAGUGAGCUAAGUGGGCAAGAUCUGCCCUGUUUCUUUGUAACCCAUUUUGCUAGACACCAGAAACUCUCCUUUUUUGUGAACCCUUUUCUUGGAUUUAUUUGGAUGUUGAGUUGUGUUUAGAUGCUGAAUUCUAGAGAAGGUAAAUUUUUGCUGGAUAAUUUGGUUUAUGAUAUUUAAUAUUAAUUUUUGGGCGUUGGCUUUUAGUUA